AUGUCCCUCUUUCUCUUUUCUAUCAUCGUCUGUCAUCCCUUUACAGUAUCUUCAUAUCAUCUCAACGGUGCUUGUUCGACCAGCACAUUUCACUUGCAGGAUCUAGUCUACGGAAAGGAGCAGCUAGCGCAGGCCUAUAGGGCUCUGCAGUCUACCGUGGAGGUACAGGCUCGUAUCGACGCCGAAAUCACGACUGUGGCGCAACCAGGAGGUGUUUCCACCAUAGUCGUUAACAGGAAGGUUUGUGACUGCCAUAACCAUGGAGAUGACAACCGAUUCAACAAGUUUAAGAAGACCGGCCCAAUUGGAAAGCCUGGUUUCGAAGGAAUGUGGGUGGUAUCCGCUGAGGUUAUCACCCGGAACAAUCUCCUAACCACUAAUUUUUGCGUCCCGGAUCCCGAUUUCGUUGAUAUCAAACCGGAGGACGCAAACGAGUGGACUGACAUCUCGGACUCUGAGUAG